AAAAAAAUGGGGAUCGCUGUGUACCUCCUUGCUUUGGUGGUAAUAUAUGUUGUGUUUAAUUUGAGUAAAAUUUUGAAAUUUGUGAAGGAAAGAAUGCGGCUCUACCAUCUUAUGUCCAAAAUCGAUGGUCCUCUGGCUUUACCCCUGCUAGGCACAACUUUUCAGUUCAAAAUGGAUCCAGUUGAAUUCGCGCUUCAACUCUACAACUGGGGAUUGGAGUACUCCACAAAAGGCUCAUCCUUAGCUGCUUUCUGGAUGGGACCAUACCCAAUGGUCAUCGUUUUGACACCUGAAGCUAAUAAGAAAGUUCUCGAAAGCAAUGCCCUGAUCAACAAGAGUAGUGAAUAUGACAUUUUCCUUCCGUGGCUCGGAACGGGGCUUCUCCUGGCGAGCGGUGAGAAAUGGAGAGGUCGGCGAAAGAUGAUGACCCCAUCGUUUCAUUUCAAUGUUCUUAUCGAUUUUCAAGUGGUUUUCAAUAGUCAAAGCAUGAUUUUGCUAGAACAAAUCGAAAAUGCCGCCAAGAAAACUGAUGAUAGCACAAUUGACGCAUUCCCUUACAUUAAGAGAUGUGCUUUGGAUAUUAUUUGUGAAACUGCAAUGGGAACCACCGUAAGCGCCCAAACGAAUCACACACAUCCGUACGUGGUGGCUGUCAACGAGAUGAACAGUCUCGCGUUCAAAUACCAGCGGAUGCCAUGGCUAUGGAUCAAACCGAUCCGACAACUGAUUGGUUAUGAGGCGGAUUUUCAACGGAAUUUGGAUAUUGUCACAAGCUUUACCAAGAAAGUUAUCGACCGCAAGUUGAGAGAGCACGAUGAGACUGAUGGCAUGGUUGUUGUGGAGGAGGAGAGCAAGAAGAAGGCGUUUUUGGAUAUGUUGAUUGAGAAAAAAGAGGAAGGUGGCCUAGGAUACGAAGACAUUCGGGAGGAAGUCGACACCUUCAUGUUCGAAGGCCAUGACACCACCUCGGCAGGCAUUGGAUGGUCCCUGUGGUGCCUUGCAAAUUGCCCAGAGUAUCAGAAAAAGUGCCAUGAGGAGUUGGAUGAGAUUUUCGAGGGGACAAGCAGAGAAUGCAGUGUCGAGGACUUGAAAAAAAUGAAAUAUUUGGAAAAAUGCGUGAAGGAAGCGUUGAGAAUGCGGCCAUCAGUACCGCAAAUGGCGAGGUCGGUGGAGGAGGAAGUGGAAAUUGACGGCAAAAUCCUGCCCAAGGGCUGCUCCGUGAUGAUAUCCCCUGCAUUCAUCCAGAACAACCCUCGAACCUUCCCGAACCACGAAGUCUUCGACCCCGAAAGAUUCAACGAGGAUGAGAUCUCCAAGCGCCAUGCGUAUGCGUACAUUCCUUUCAGUGCGGGACCCCGUAACUGCAUCGGGCAAAAGUUCGCAAUGCAGGAGGAGAAAACUGUGAUCUCUUGGGUCUUGCGACGAUUUCAUAUUCACACCGAUAUUGGGCUACUGGAGAAUAUGCCAUUGCCCGAGACGAUCACGAGACCCUCUUUGGGAUUUCCACUCAAGUUUACUGUUCGGCAGCAGUGAUAUAACAUUUAAUAAAGUUUUUCUAAAU